AUGGGUGGUGGUGUAUGUGAGCGUCCAGCAUUGGCGGACGGGACACCUUUCGAGAAGCCGCGCUCCUUUAUGGGUGACCUGGUAGUUGACGGGCGUACCCCGUACGAGGGCUUCGUGAAAGCUGUGCUGGGGGAUGUGGCGGUCGUCGAUUUCGGCCAUUCGGUGCAGGGUACUCUGCUCAUUUCCGAGGAGGAGCGAGACACGCUAGCGGAAGGGACGAUGCUGACCGUCUACGCAUGGCGGCGGAUACGACGUGAACGUCGCGUGCUGCUCUCCAGGACUCCGCGGAUCUUUCCGGUUCUCCAGUUUCAGGACAUUGUGGCGGAUGGCCAGACGCCCUACAGAGCCACGGUUCUCAGCGGACCGUUUCGUGACACUGGCGACUAUGCCUUGGACAUCGAUUGCGAGGAGGUUCCCCUUCUGCCGGCAACCGACCCGCGGGUGGUCCAUGCCAAAGAGGGGACCCCGUGCGUUCCCGACUUGUUUGCCUCGACUGCUCUGGUCGCCAGUGGAGCCUCCGAGUCCCUCCUGAUCCACCUCUGCGCAGGCAACAUGAACCUGGUGCAGCGCUUUGAGGCCUGGGUGAACUCUGCAGGUACCGCGGCAGAUUUUCUGCUCAAGCCGUCGGUUGGCACCGGCUUGGAUGCCUUUGGCAGGAGCUGGGCCCUGGUGUUGGCUCAGCUGGGCUUCGCACUGCUUCGGGCCCUGACAUGGAAGGUCCCCACCAUGGCCAUCUACACCCUGCUGCGGGUGGGCGUGCGCCUGCUUGGUAACCUCUACGGCCCGGCUGUGGCCGCCACCUACGCGGACCUCGUGGGCGGCCGGGCUUCCCCCAACUUCGCGGGGGCUGUUCAGCACAGCCAAGUCUUCCUUUCCGGUGGAUUUUUUGCUGCACUGCUUUGGGCGGCUCGACUGCAGAAGCCGGCCUACUGCUUCGGAGCCGCAGCUCUGUGCAAUCUCAGCUCAGCCUUGCUGGUGCUUCACGUAGGCGAGACACGCAGGCAGGAGCACACCAGGAGCUUCGCUGGCUUCGCUCCCUUCCGCUGGGUCUCAUUCUUCAGACAGACUCCACGCCUCAGGCGCCUGGCUGUGGCGCUCCUUCUUGGACACGUCACUUCCAGCAACCCGACCGACCGCUUCGUCCUCUUCUCCCGACUCCUGGAUGUUGAGCAGGAAGCCUGA